UUACCCCCUACCCGGGUCCCUGGAGGAAAGGGGCUGGCAGUGGGCAAUUUAGAAAACUUCCUCCGGGGGUAGACGGCAGGGGCGCCUGUGGAAGAGAAUGAUGUAGCCGGGCGGGGGCUGACUCCGAGUGUCCCCCGCACCGCCACCUCCCAGGCCCGGUUCGAUCAGAUCAUGCAGCUCUGGCACCGCCGGGGGACCGACCGUCUGGUCUAAGUCCGGGGGAUCUGCGAGCCCUCUGGUCGCGUCCACUUCCGUGCGCCAUGGACCACCAGGAGCCCUACUCGGUGCAGGCCACGGCAGCCAUCGCGGCGGUCAUCACUUUCCUCAUCCUCUUCACCAUCUUCGGCAACGCUCUGGUUAUCCUGGCCGUGUUGACCAGCCGCUCGCUGCGUGCCCCGCAAAACCUGUUCCUGGUGUCGCUGGCCGCUGCCGACAUCUUGGUGGCCACGCUCAUCAUCCCCUUCUCACUGGCCAACGAGCUACUGGGCUACUGGUACUUUCGGCGAACAUGGUGCGAGGUAUACCUGGCGCUCGACGUGCUCUUCUGCACAUCCUCCAUCGUGCACCUGUGUGCCAUCAGCCUGGACCGCUACUGGGCCGUGAGCCGGGCUCUGGAGUACAACUGCAAGCGCACGCCGCGCCGGAUCAAGUGCAUCAUACUCACGGUGUGGCUCAUCGCGGCUGCCAUCUCGCUGCCGCCUCUUAUCUACAAGGGCGACCAGGGCCCCCAGCCCCACGGGCGCCCCCAGUGCAAGCUCAACCAGGAGGCCUGGUACAUCUUGUCCUCCAGCAUUGGUUCUUUCUUUGCUCCCUGCCUCAUCAUGAUUCUCGUUUACCUGCGCAUCUACGUGAUCGCCAAACGCAGCCACCGCAGAGGUCCUCGAGCCAAGGGGAGCCCCGGGGAGGGUGAGCCCAAGAAGGUCUGCUCUGUCCCUGGCAGUGGGCCCUCCACCCCAGCCAAGCUGCCAGCUCCAGCCACUCCUGUGGCUUCUGCCAGUGAGACCAAAGGAUGCUCCACGUUGUCUGAAAAAGAAGAGGAGAGGGAGAAGGAGGGGGAGACCCUUGAAGACCCUGGGACUCAGGCCUUGCCACUCAGCUGGGCUACCCUUCCAAACUCAGGCCAAGGCCAGAAGGAGGGCGUUUCUGGGGUGUCUCUGGAGGAAGAAGCCGAGGAAGAGGAAGAGGAAGAGGAGGAGGAGGAGGAAGAAGAAUAUGAGCCAGGGACAGAGCCAGUGCCUGCUGCCUCAGCUUGUAGCCCACCCCUGCAGCAGCCACAGGGCUCGCGGGUGCUGGCCACCCUGCGGGGCCAGGUGCUUGUGGGCAGGGCAGUCAGUGCCAUGGGCGGGCAGUGGUGGCGGCGCCGGACACAGCUGACCAGGGAGAAGCGGUUCACCUUCGUUCUGGCAGUGGUCAUCGGGGUCUUUGUGCUCUGCUGGUUUCCUUUCUUCUUCAGCUAUAGCCUGGGCGCCAUCUGCCCACAGCACUGCCGGGUGCCCCAUGGCCUCUUCCAGUUCUUCUUCUGGAUCGGCUAUUGCAACAGCUCCCUGAACCCAGUCAUCUAUACUGUCUUCAACCAGGACUUCCGGCGCGCCUUUCGCAGGAUCCUUUGCCGCCAGUGGACCCAGGCAGCCUGGUGAGCUCCGCCUGCAGACUGCCCUGGGAUGGGCUCCGAGGGCCACUCUGCUGCUCUUUGGUCUGCUUGGGUUGUGCCUGCCUCCCAUGGAAUUUUCUAGGUCCUGCUAGA